UCCUCUCCUGACGUCAUGCACCGAGCUGGAGCUAGUGCACGAAAAGAGCCGCUGCACUACUGUGAAUAUCUCUAUAUGCUCACAGCCAGGACCGAGGAGUGUGCACAAGAGAGAGAGGGAAAGGGAGAGAGAGCGCGAGUAGGAGAGGUGGAGGGAAUACUGGUGGAUUUGGAUACAACUGGAAAACUACCAAGCGCGCACAGCACGCACCGAGCGGAAGGCACAUCGACGGGUGCGUAGCGAACAUUUGACGGACUCCGCUUCCCCCUGCGAUCGGAUUCAGGCGAGAAUGGAGCUGCCUGCCGCCGGAGAGCACGUCUUUGCGGUGGAGGGCAUCGAAAAGAAGCGCAUCCGCAAGGGCAAGAUUGAGUACCUGGUCAAGUGGCGAGGCUGGUCUCCAAAAUACAACACAUGGGAACCAGAGGAAAACAUCCUUGACCCGCGUCUCCUCGUCGCGUUUCAACACAGGGAGAGGCAGGAGCAGCUGAUGGGAUAUCGCAAACGAGGGCCGAAACCAAAACAUCUUCUGCUGCAGGUACCCUCGUUUGCCAGAAGGUCCAGCAUCCCCGCUGGCUUCGAGGAAUCAUCUCAGGAUCAAGAGGGUAGUCCCAAGUUUGAUCCCGUCCAGGUCCAGCGCUCCCAGCCUCAGCAGUACCAGCUGAACAGCAAGAAGCACCACCAGUACCAGCCCAGCAGCCAGGAAGUUCCUGCUGACCAGCUUCACAACGGCAAGAAGAAGUUCAUCUACCAGCUUAACAGCAAGAAGCACCACCACUACGAGCCCGACCUGAACAUGUACGACGCUCAGGCUUCUCGGCUUAAAGAGGUGGUGAAAGUCCAGGAACCUGCCAGCAAACCUGCAAAUCCUGGCUGGAACCUACCGCUGGCCCUGCAGCAGAAAUGGGUCCGGGACAAAGACACUGGCUGCUUGAGCAAAGUCAAAGAGCUGGAGGUGAGGAAACCAGCUGUGAAAGAGGCCGAAAGUGAACACGCACUUAAACCCAAUCCUAAAGACGCUACCCUGCCUAGUGCUGUUAGCAGCAAAAUGAAGAUAAUCAAGAACAAAAACAAGAACGGACGUAUCGUUAUCGUCAUGAGUAAAUACAUGGACAGCAACAAGGUGCACGGAGCAAAGGGUAAACACGGGGAAUCGUCGGGUGAGGAGAAAUCCCAAAACACCAAACAGUCGGAGAACAAUCCAGCACAUACGACCAAAAUGGCGGAGUACCUGGAGAACGGUAUCCCCAAAGAGAUCUGUAACGGCAGCUCUCCACCUGCAGCAGAACAUCCGAUUAAAUGUUCCCCAAAAGACAGGCAUUUCUCUAAACCCUCUCCGAGCACAGCAGAGGAAUACAACACGGAGGUGGCUCGUGGUCAGGCUGAUUUACCUGAAGAUUUACCCCUUCAGCUGACCGCAAGCUCACCUCCAACAUCCUGGACUGUUGACACCAACAUCCCCACCCCAACAGCUGUUGAUCAAAUCAGGAUCCCUUCUUUUCCUAAUGACCGCAAAAGAAAGAUAUCAGAUACCACGGAAGAUCGGAGCGUUUGUAAAACAUACCUGACGUCCAGGAGCUUCAGUGUUCCCAGCACUGUGGUGACGCCACCUCAGGACUCACCUAUGGACCUCCACUGUAGCGUCCCACGCCACAGCAGCAUGUGUUCAUACGACGCUUUGGACUCUGGCAGUCAAGAGGAGCCGAUGGAUCUCAGCUGCCCAAAAACUAAGAAGCAGGUGGAGCCGGAAGUACAGCCGGAGCCGGAGCCGGAGCCUGUUGUAGAAAACGCACCACCCGUGAUGGAAGAAACUCAUAAGCCAACAGAGAAAUCUAAAGAAGCACCUGUUAAAAAACUCUCUCCUUUCAUGGGAAAUAUCAUAAUAACUGACAUCACAACAAACAGUCUCACUGUCACCUUCAAGGAAUACGUUUCUUUCUAAGGAGUAAAGUUGGACUACCAGCGACCAAUUGGAUGAUGUGUACAUAUGUAAAAAGUAAAUAAAUCAGAAUUUUGUA